GGAGGAGGAAGGGAAGAAGACCCCAGUCCAGACGAAGAAGAAGAGAGACAGCAGCGGUGAGUCGGACACUUCGGAGGACAGCGACAUCGAUGGAGAGGCAGCCUCCGCUCUCUUCAUGGUGAAGAAGCGUACUCCUCCUAAGCGCGGUGGUGGGCGUGGCUCUGGAGGCAGCUCCAGGACUGGCAGUCGCCCUGGAACACAGACUCAGCCUCCAACACACUCAGAGCCGCCGCUAGCAAACUGGAGCAAGGUAAGAGACAGGUGGUGGGUGGUAGCUCUGAGUCUCCAGCUGCCAAGAGGCUGAAGAUGGAGUCCAGCAGUACGGCUGUCACCACCCAGAGUCCUGCCCCCUCAGGGAAGAGCACGCCACAGCCCCCCUCAGGCAAAUCAACCCCCAGUUCCAGUGACGUUCAGCUGACGGAGGAGGCGGUGCGUCGCUACCUGAUCCGGAAGCCCAUGACCACCAAGGACCUGCUGAAGAAGUUCCAGACCAAGAAGACUGGCCUGAGCAGCGAGCAGACGGUCAACGUCCUGGCCCAGAUCCUCAAACGCCUCAACCCCGAGAGGAAGAACGUCAACGACAAGAUGCACUUCUACCUCACAGAGUAAACCGGGCUCGUGUUCAUUAGGGCAUAUGCCUUUUAAAAUGGAGACUGAGUCCAAGUUCCUCUUUCAGUCCCUUUGGUGCCUAAUGAACACGACCUAGGGAGGGAGGAGGAGAUGAAUAGGAGAGGAAGAGGAUGAGAGCAACGUCCUCAUUGAUUGAUCAGCGGAAGGAGGAGAAGGAUAGAACAGGGUCCUUGGAAGAGAGUGGAAUAAGGUAGAAAGAAAAGUGUUACGCAACUGAUUUGAGAUGCGGUGUGUAAACUAGCCUCAAUGUCUGUCUCUAGAAAUGGUUUGAAGUCAACUGUACCUGUGGCAGUCCUUUCAGGUUAAACAACUUACUCUUACAAGAUGUAGGUUUAUCAAUGAAUUACGCAGAUGUGAAGGUAUCAACGAAAACAUUCCGUGUAGAUCUUGCCUGCUGACUCAUCUCCCACCACAACCCACUGGAUUCAACAAGACAAGUGUGGGUUAUUUUGUACGAUUUGCCGUAUCUCCCCAGGCCUCUAUUUCUCAUUUUAGAAUUGUCUUUUUUGUUUAUUUUCAUUUGUAAUAAAAACCCUGCUGUUGCCGUG